UUAUAAUUUUAUACACCAUUUUAAUACGAUUAUUAUAUUAUGUAAGUGGAAGGGAUAAGCCAUAGGCCAUGGCUCAAAAAUGGGUGGUCAAUAGCCCCAUCAUCAUCACCAUCACCAUCAUCAUCAUCAUCACCAUCAUCAUCUUACCCAUCCAUACCUUACCAUACCUAAUCAAAUGGGCCAACAACCAAUCAUUUGCCAAAUCCUGCUGAACAUCAAUGGCUAACCUCUUUACACUUACCCCUCCUACUGCGUCAUUCUACCGCCAAAUUAUACCCAUUUCAUACUCAAUUUCCCCAAUCCCAAAACUAUUGGGGAACCCCCAUUUUAGUGCUACUAUCAAAAAUACCCAUUCCUUCAAAGUAUAUUCAGCAAUGGCUGCUGAUACUAGUACUAUUACCAAAGUAAACGUUGUUCCAGCCAUUAUUGUUGGUGGUGGACGAGUUGGGAAAGCUUUACAAGACAUGGGUAAUGGUGAUGAUUUGUUGAUUAAGAGAGGGGAAACCAUUCCUGUUGAUUUUGCUGGACCCAUCUUGGUUUGUACCAGAAAUGAUGAUCUCGAGGCUGUUCUUCAAGCCACUCCUCAAUCCCGUUGGAGCGAUUUGGUAUUUUUCCAGAAUGGGAUGCUAGAACCUUGGUUUCAAAGUAAAGGCCUUGGUGAUGCUGACCAAGUUUUGGCAUAUUUUGCGGUGUCAAAGCUUGGAGAACCACCUAUUGAUGGUAAGACCGACACUAAUCCAGAAGGUCUGACUGCAGCAUUUGGCAAAUGGUCUUCUGCUGUAGCAAACAGAUUAAUUGCCGGAGGCCUUUCUUGUAAGGUACUUGAUAAGGAAGCAUUUCAGAAGCAAAUGUUUGAGAAACUUAUAUGGAUUGCAGCAUUUAUGCUAGUUGGGGCCCGUCAUCCUGGAGCCACAGUAGGUGUUGUAGAGAAGGAAUACCGAUCUGAGGUGUCAGACCUCAUUGCUGAACUUGCAUCAGCAGCUGCAGCAGAGGAGGGCUUUACUUUCGAAGAAGGAAUAGAAGAGAGAUUGUGUGCUUAUUCACGUGCUGUGGCGCACUUCCCCACUGCAGUUAAAGAGUUUAAAUGGAGAAAUGGCUGGUUCUACUCGCUCUCUGAGAAGGCGAUUUCUGAAGGCAAAGCAGAUCCGUGCCCACUUCACACAGCAUGGUUAAAAGAAUUAAAGAUAGUGUAAAGAAUGGCCUCGAUAUGCAAAUAAAAACUUCCCUAUAUUACUUAUUUGCUUAUAAAUCUAGUUCAGCACAUCAACAAUUGCAACCAAUUUCUAGCGGUUGAUUUACUACUUUAGACCGAUAUUUGUCGAAGACGUUUUUUCUUAUGAAUGUCUCGGAUUGGAAUUCCUGCUGGGCAA